GUGACAGCGCUGUGCCCGGUGCCCCGCACACCCUGGGGUUGUCCCCAUCCCCUCGAUGCCACCCCGCGGUGUCCCCACCCCUCGGGUGACACUCGGUGUCCCCUCCCGCAGGUGACAGCGCUGUGCCUGUGUCCGGAGCUGCUCGGUGACCCCGCGGUGUCCCCAUCCCCUCCGGUGACAUCCGGCUGUGUCCCCGUGGCAGCGCUGUGUCUGUGUCCGGAUGUCGCCUCUGUCCCCUCCUUCCCCGCGGACGCCAAGGAGCGCGCGCAGCGGCUGCUGGAGGCGUGUGCCGGACGCAGCGUGGGCGCGUACAGCGCCAGCCCCGGGAUCCCGCUGGUCCGCGAGCACGUGGCGCGCUACAUCCAACGUCGCGACGGUGUCCCCGCCAACGCCGACGACAUCUUCCUGUCCACCGGGGCCAGCGACGCCAUCGUGACCAUCCUGAAGCUGCUGGUGUCCGGCUCGGGCUCGUCUCGUACCGGGGUGCUGAUCCCGAUCCCGCAGUACCCGCUGUCCCCAAUGUCCCCAAU